AUUGUAUUCAAUACAUUCAACUCCAGGCUCAACAGAAAAGCCAGUUUUAUCGAAACUUGCAUUCCUAUAUGAAGGGAGUUCUAAUUUGUUUAUAAAUAAAGGGAGAUGUAAAUAUUAUAACAAAUUCAAACUGGGUACAAGUCAACUUAAAAUACAUGUAAAUGAAAUUGUUGUGAGAUAAAAUUAAUUCAGCAUAUUAGCAAACCUAUUCCUUAUCGUAAUACAGACAUGAUAAGCCGGGCUUUGGGGCCAGAAUUUGGAGGAAGCAUUGGUUUUCUGUUCUUUGUGGCCAAUGUAUUAGCUGUGGGUCUUUAUGUCACAGGGUUUGUGGAAGCCAUGAUUGAGAAUUUUGGACCAGGAGGGACCAUGGUAGACCAGCCAUUUUUAAAGGGUGACCAUGAUUUCUGGUACAAGUACCUGUACUGUACAAUCGUCUUGUUUGUGUGUCUGGGUAUCUGUAUUGUUGGAGGUGCCAUGUUUGCCAAAACCUCACUGUUAAUAUUUAUGAUUGUUGUGAUAUGUCUUCUCUCUGUGAUUGUAAGUGUUUUUGCCAAAAAUUCUACCACCCCCAUAGAGUACGCACAACAGGCAAAGCAUCAUAAUGAAAGGAGAAACAUAUCCCAGUUCUGUUAUGAGGUCAACGCCACUGGCUACGUACAGGAUUCAGCAAACUACACAGGCCUCAGGGCAGCUACAUUCCAUGAUAAUACAUUUUCACAUUAUGAGAAGGACUACAUUUCUAAGGACAUGAUGACCUUUGCCUCCGUGUUCGCCAUUUUGUUCAGCAGUGUGACGGGAAUUCUCAAUG